AUGAAUCCAGGCCAGCAGCAAUCAGGUCAAAAUCCCGCACAGUAUAUGCAACAAUAUGCCGGGUAUAUGCCGACAGGCCAAGCAGGUUUUUACCCAGCUGCCUAUCCAGCUUACCCGACGUAUGGUGGGUAUCCAGCUAGUACUAUGGACGCACAGUACAUGGGGUAUUAUGGCAUGACUGCUGCACUGCCUACAGCUACUACAGUUGCCACUCCUCAAGUUGGUUCUGCCACUAACACCCAGGUAAAGUAUUUCUUAGAAAUUUUCGGCAUUGGGCUAUUCCAUUUAAGAGGGUCUGAAUGGGGUUAACUGACCACUAGCAUUUGCCUGAAUUUUUGACUGACCUCUGACAAAAUAUCCUGACUGACAACUGAGAAAUGACGAAAAAAUGAUGAGUCAGCAUUUUGCAGUAACUGACUACUGACAGCUUGCAAUAUAUCGCACUGACAACUGGCUUAAAUUUUAGCUAACAACUGACACCCAAAGACCCCCAUUAAGACCCUCGUUUAAUAUCUGUACCCCCUGUCAAGGAUACAAGUCUUUCAUAGUUGUAAACCUACCACACCCAUUUUCUAUUCUCGAUCGGUUUUGGUUUCCGACUCGAGACCUGGUUCUGAAAGGUGGGCCGAAAAUGUACGAUCCUACCCGGUACGGGUCUUGUAUUUCAAUUCAAGACUUAUACCGAGUCUUGAAAUAGGGGGAUUCAAGGUUUUUGAAUUUUGACGCCAUAAUGAAACACAAUAGUGCAAGGGGUGCAAACACAAUGGAAUUCCCUAUAGGUAAAUCUGCAGGGGGAGCAAACACCAUUGUGAAAACAGUAGAUUCAAGAUGGCAUCAGAAACCUUGAAUCCCCCUAUUGCUACAAAACUCGAGCUUCACAUCUCCUUUUUGACUAGAAAACGCUACACGUCUCUGAGUCGAGAAAGAGGCAACAGCUGUGUACCCUCGGAGAACCCGUCAAACUCUACCUUUAGGUAAGAGUAACUAUCAUUUGGUGCACAAGGACUGUUAAAAUUGCUUGGUGUACUCUGGGAAUUUAUACAAUAUCUGCUCUUUCGCUUGUGGGACGUAAAAUGAUAUAUUGUGCAUGCUUACCACAUUAAAGCGUAUCUAAUGCGCACGCUCAACCUUAUUUUAUGUCCCACAACCACAACCUGGAAAAGUGUGUGUAUAAGAUGUAAUUCUGCUCAAAGUUUAAUGAACUCUCCAUUGACAUGCUGCUUUUAGACAAAUGCAAUGACUGUUGUUCAAGUAUUGUUUAUUGUGUGUGUUUAGUAUACCUUGUAAAUUGUUUCUGUAUAACUAUUGGGGCUGCUGUAAUUGGCAAGAGCUGUUGUGGUUUUCCAGCCAAUGAAUGUAUAAGUAUGAUGGCAAAGUAAAUAAAUAAAUAAAACCUCUUGAGGACAAUAGCAAAUAGGUGUGAUAGGUAUACAGCUAUUUCAAUGGACCAUUUGCAUUAUAGACUAAAUUUUGAUCUAGACAAAUAUUUCGUCACAGCUUUGAAAGAGCAUCACAAAAUUAGUAAUAUUCCAAAGUUUCGUUGCGAAAUGUUGUAAAAUGCGGAUAAUAUAGCCAUGCGAAGUUUGCCGUUUUUCAGUCAUUUUGUAUUACGCACGGGAAAUUGACAGCCCAAUCGGGUGUUGGGGCAUCAAUUUCCGUUUGUAAUACAAAAUGACUGAAAAUUGCAAAUUUCGCAAGGCUAUAUUAUCCGCAUUUUACAACAUUUCGCAACGAAACUUUGGAAUAUUACUAAUUUUGUGAUGCUCUUUCAAGCUGUGAUGAAAUAUUUGUCUAGAUCAAAAUUUAGUCUAUAAUGCAAAUGUCCAUUAAGGUUGUCCCCCGAGCAAAGUGGAAAAGUCAAAUACAAGCGCGAAAGGCUGCUGGGAAUCGCAAAUAAAAGAAUGAAUUUAUUAGCGAUUCCCAGCAGCCUUUUGCACUCGUAUUUGACUUUUCCGCUUUGCUCGGGGGACAACCUUUAUUGAAAUAGCUGUAUAAACAAUCCUGGUAAGCCACAUAAGUACACAUACAACCAAACAAACAUGUAAUUCCUAUAAAGCUAAUAACCAUUAAUUAAUGUAUAUGAUAUUUUAAAACAAAAGUAGAAAGGAUGCCAAUAUUUCUAAGACUUGUAUGUAAGUGUAGAAUGAGCUUGACAGUAAAUUUAUUGUUAAGGUCAGUUAUGUGUGGUUAUUCUAGGAAGUUCUUCCUUGCUUUAAGACAAACCCUAAUUGAUAGACAGAUAUUUAUUUUCCCAGUAUACAGUUACAAUUUUGAUAAAAUAUAAAGAUACAGUUCACAUGGAAGGAAGACUAACAAGCCGGUCAGGGCUUUUCUAGUAGUCUACCCUAAAAACUUUAAAAAAACUAAUAUAACAAAGAAAAUAGAGUCUGAUGAUGUCAGGUUCUAGAUAUAUGAGGUAAACUAUUACAAAUUAAGCAUAUAAAGGUAAUUCCUAUUUACAGUUUUUUAUUUGUAUGUUAAUAUGAAGUGGUAACACUUAAGCCUGGAACAAAUGUGCAAAAAAGUUGAAUGACAGCCGACUGAAGCAUAUUGCUGCACAAAAUGUUAUUCUUUAAGCUAAAGUUGUAAAAAACUAUGAAAUUCUAGCCAAGUCUAUACUCAAUUGUUAGUGCAGGUUAUUUCUACCCAAUCAUGAAUAUGUAUGAUAUUUUUUUAGGGUACUGCAGGUCAACAAGACUUUCUAAAGCAAUAUGAAGAGUGGAAGAAACAGUAUGACCAGUGGCUUGAGAAAACCAAGAACCAUCCUGACCAACAGCAGUUUCAACAAUGGCAACAACAAAUGCAGCAAUGGGAACAAAACCUAACACAGGUUUUACCACAACAACCUGCAACAAACACACAACAACCUGUGACAAAAACACAGCAAACAGCAACAAACACACAGCAAACAGCACCACCGUUACCUCCACAACCUCCUCAACUAACUAAUCCAAAUCAAACUGGUGGUCAAUCAGGUUAUUCUGGUCAAACAGGUUAUUCUGGGCAAACAGGUCAGUCUGGGCAAACAGGUCAGUCUGGGCAAACAGGUCAGUCUGGGCAAACAAGUCAGUCUGGUCAAACAGGUCAGUCUGGUCGAUCAAGUUAUACUGGUCAAUCAAGUUAUACUGGUCAAUCAGGUUAUACUGGUCAAUCAGGUUAUACUGAUCAAUCAGGUUAUACUGGUCAAUCAGGUUAUACUGGUCAAACAGGUUAUUCUGGUCAAACAGGUUAUACUGGCCAAACAAGUUAUUCUGGUCAAACCGGUCAGUCUGGUCAAUCCAAUCAGUCUGGUCAAACCGGUCAGUUUGGUCAAGCUGGUUAUUCUGGUCAAACAGGUUAUUCUGGUCAAACCGGUCAGUCUAGUCAAACUGGUCAGUUUGGUCAAACCAGUCAGUCUGGUCAAGUUGGUUAUUCUGGUAAAACAGGUUAUUCUGAUCAAACCGGUCAGUCUAGUCAAACUGGUCAGUUUGGUCAAACCAGUCAGUCUGGUCAAGUUGGUUAUUCUGGUAAAACAGGUUAUUCUGAUCAAACCGGUCAGUCUAGUCAAACUGGUCAGUUUGGUCAAACCAGUCAGUCUGGUCAAGUUGGUUAUUCUGGUAAAACAGGUUAUUCUGAUCAAACCGGUCAGUCUAGUCAAACUGGUCAGUUUGGUCAAACCAGUCAGUCUGGUCAAGUUGGUUAUUCUGGUAAAACAGGUUAUUCUGAUCAAACCGGUCAGUCUAGUCAAACUGGUCAGUUUGGUCAAACCAGUCAGUCUGGUCAAGUUGGUUAUUCUGGUAAAACAGGUUAUUCUGAUCAAACCGGUCAGUCUAGUCAAACUGGUCAGUUUGGUCAAACCAGUCAGUCUGGUCAAGUUGGUUAUUCUGGUAAAACAGGUUAUUCUGAUCAAACCGGUCAGUCUAGUCAAACUGGUCAGUUUGGUCAAACCAGUCAGUCUGGUCAAGUUGGUUAUUCUGGUAAAACAGGUUAUUCUGAUCAAACCGGUCAGUCUAG